AUGGGGUUCAAAAAUUCCGCCACCUCCGGUCGUAUGCAGCCAUACGCUGUCCUUCCAGUGCUGGUCAUGACGACUGCUUUUGUCCUGUCUUUCCUUUGCGUUUUCGCGGGCAACAAGCCAGGCUACAUGGAAGAUUACGCUUUUUUCACACUUAAUGUCUCUCGUGUUGGAGAGAACUUGAUCCAGGACUUCGACGACAAGAUCUACGCUAUCAACUUGAACAAUCUCAUCAACCCCUCCGAGCCCAAGAAUGUGCCAACUGCUACUGCCACCACCGCUCCUACCGCUAUGAUCACCAGGGCACCACGCGACUUGAGCAAUUUGGUCGGCGACCUCAGCAGCGACCUUGGUGGCGCCGAGUCUGCAGUCCAGAGCAAGGUCUCUGUGGUCAACUCUGCUGCUGGCAGCGAGGCUUCUGCUCUUGAGUCCGCUGCGGCCAGCAAGAUUAACAGCGCCGUGGAGGCUCUCGAGACCAAGAUUGUCCACGCAGUCAAUAAGGCCUACACCAACCUCAUCGAAGAUAUGGAUCUGAAGGACUUUUACUCCAUCCACAUGAUGACCACCUGCUCCGGAGAAUACCAAUUCAAGAACGGCAGCAACAUCACUCACAGCGUCGGCCCCGCUCCACCACGCAACAGUACCCACCAACACGUCGACACGUGCGAGAAGCACUCUGCUCUAGACCCAGUCUCUGUUGUUCGCAUUCUGUACGAGAUCGGCAUCGUUCUCGUCGCCAUCUCCUUCGUCCUCAGCAUCUGGGGCAUGAUCCGCUUUAGCCGGAAAGCUGCCGUGAUCAACGCCCUCGCCACGUUCCCAGCCGCGAUGCUCGUCGGUCUCGCCUCUGCCGCCGUCACCGGAGUCGCAGUCGGAGCCGAAAAGCUCGUGAACUUCGCCGGAAAGGGAAUUGGCAUCUCCGGUGCUGCGGGUAACAAGUUCAUCAGUCUCACCUGGGCGGUCACAGCACUCUUGCUGGUCAAUAUUGGCAUUUGGUGUGUCUUGGCUUUUGUGGGCGACAAGACGAAGGUUCCCAGAAGAGAUGGGAGUCGGGAGAAGGAAGUGCCGUAUGGUACGCACUAUGAGCUGCGUGGGAGUGCGGAUAAGCCGAGGGGUGCGAAUAGUUGGUACAUUCGGGAACCGGAGCCUGUGCAUCCGGAGUCGAGGCAUGGAUUCAUUUGA